AUGGCCGACGAUAAGGAGAUGCCUGCUCCUGUAAUAGAUAGGAAUGAUGCAGUCACUGGUCACAUAAUUUCAACAACCAUUGGGGGUAAGAAUGGAGAACCUAAGCAGACAGUUAGUUACAUGGCAGAGCGAGUUGUGGGGACUGGUUCAUUUGGCAUUGUGUUUCAGGCAAAGUGCAUUGAAACUGGAGAAACGGUGGCCAUAAAAAAGGUUUUGCAAGACAGAAGAUACAAGAACCGUGAAUUGCAGUUAAUGAGGACCAUGGAUCAUCCAAAUGUUGUUUCCUUGAAACAUUGUUUUUAUUCAACUACAAGUCAAAAUGAGCUCUUCCUCAAUUUAGUCAUGGAGUAUGUCCCAGAAACCAUGUAUCGUGCUCUGAAGCAUUAUAGUGAUAUGAACCAGAAAAUGCCACUUAUCUAUGUGAAACUUUAUACCUACCAAAUAUUCAGGGGGUUGGCUUACAUGCAUUCUGUUGCUGGUGUGUGUCAUAGAGACUUAAAGCCUCAAAAUAUUUUGGUUGAUCCUCAAACAAAUCAGGUGAAGAUAUGCGAUUUUGGAAGCGCUAAAGUAUUAGUAAAUGGAGAAGCAAAUAUAUCAUACAUCUGCUCACGUUUUUAUCGGGCUCCUGAGCUCAUUUUUGGUGCAACGGAAUACACCACAUCAAUUGAUAUAUGGUCGGCUGGUUGUGUCCUUGCUGAGCUUCUUCUAGGCCAACCUUUGUUUCCUGGCGAGAAUGCUGUGGGUCAGCUUGUGGAAAUAAUCAAGGUCCUUGGUACACCAACCCGGGAGGAAAUACGAUGCAUGAAUCCAAAUUAUACAGAUUUUAGGUUUCCACAAAUAAAGGCGCAUCCUUGGCACAAGGUUUUUCACAAGCGGAUGCCUCCAGAAGCAAUAGAUCUUGCUUCCAGAUUGCUGCAGUACUCCCCAAAUCUCCGUUGCACUGCUCUCGAAGCCUGUGUUCAUCCUUUCUUUGAUGAGCUGCGAGAUCCUAAUGUUAGAUUGCCUAAUGGUCGCUCAUUGCCGCCUCUGUUUGACUUCAAACAGGAGUUGUCGGGUGCAUCUCCAGAUCUCGUGAACAAGCUGAUACCGGACCACGUGAAGAGGCAAAUGGGUCUGCAUUUUUUUGCAUCCUACGAGGGCAUGACUGGAAGGGUCAGCUAUGCUCCAGGUGCAUCAAAAGAUCCAACACACCAGAAUGAGAGGGUCAUUAAAUUUCUCACAGAGAAGCUGGCUGACAUGAGGAGUGAAGGAAAUGGUAGGGAUUGGGAGGAGUGGGGAGAACUUAAGAGAGAUCUUGAUCAAGCCCACCAGGAAGAAGAAAGAUACUGGAGGGCAGGUCGCGGCCAGACUGAAGAUGCAUCGCUCCACCGCGGUCAUUCGCCGCCGUCGACCGAAGAUGCCUUUCGACAAGAUCGCCGUUCAUCUCGCCGCCGUAGACAGGUUCGAUCCCACCACGCAGAUUCCGGCAAGUCCUCCAGAGCUCACGGCGAGUACGUCGACGACCACAGAGAUCGCCGCCGUCAACAAACCUCCACCACGCGCAACCGGCCCAUGCCAGCUCCGCCACCACGCGCACCAGCUGCGCCACCACGCCACCACGACAGCUCCACCACCACCGCCUGCCGCGCCAACCUCGCCGGACUCGGUCGCCGGCCAUAA